AGGCCUGACGCCGAAUGGCGGAUGAAAAGGACCUGGUCGCGAUUGCCUUCAAGGCGGACAAGUCGCGCGAGUUCCUCGUCAACAAGCUCGCGGGACUCGCAGAGGUGAACGACUUCCCGGUGCCAGCGGACGCGCUGCGGGUGGGGACGCUGGACUCGCUCAUGAGCUUGAGCGACGACAUCUCAAAGAUGGACGCCCUCGCAGAGGGCACCUGCUUCAAGCUCUUCCGGCAGCACGAAGACCUAAAGGGCGGAAUCGCACCCUCCGUCAUGGGGACUGACGUCAUGACCUACGCGACCAAGCAGUGGGACUGGGACGAGGCAAAGUUUCAGCUCAAGACUCCGCUGCGCGAGCUCGCCGAGAUGAUCUCUGGCAAGAUCGGUGGGCUGGAGGAGGAGCUCAAAGCCAAGGUUGCGGAGCUCAACGCCCUCAAGGGCUCCCUCCAGGCCUUUGAGCGGCGAGGGCAGGGCAACCUGAUGGUGCGCGGGCUGGGCGACAUUGUGCAGGAGGACGACAUCCUCGACUCCGAGUACAUGACGACGGUGAUGGUGGUCAUCCAAAAGUCGAGUAUGAAGGAGUUUCUCCUCGAGUACGAGCGGCUGGCCGACUACGUCGUCCCUCUCUCCGCAAAGGCGAUCUCCGAGGACUCAGAGUACGUCCUGUUCGGAGUCACGCUCUUCAAAAAGUGCCUCGACCAGUUCAAGACCUCCUGCCGCGAGAAGCGCUUCACCGUGCGCGAGUUUGAGUUCAAUGCGGAGGGGUGCGCCAUCAACUACGCCGAGGGGCUGACCAUGAUGAUGCACCUCAAGGCGAUCCGCGUGUUCAUCGAGUCGGUGCUGCGGUACGGCUUGACCAGCUACCGCGGCCAGGGCAUGGCGCCCAACAUGCAGGCCGUCAUGCUCACGCCCGCCAAGGGCAAGAUGGAUGCGCUGCGCAAGACGCUCGGCUCGCUCUUUGCAACCUCGGCUUCGCUCAUGGACGAGGGCGGCGACGAGGUGGCCGUGCCGGGCGCGGCGGGCGAGUUCUACCCCUACGUCUCGGUCUCGGUGAGCGUCUUCCCGCCCGUGCUCUAGUGCUCGCGCCGCCGUGGACGGGCGGCAACGUGGCGCCGCCGUUGCAGUCCAGUGACCACCAUACGAUGCCGCGCUGUGUGCCCCGCGUUGCGCGCCCGCACCUUACCUCGUACACACACGCAGACGCGCGCGCUGUCCUCCGUUCUGCACAUCUCACAUGCAUUGGCGCCUCGUGCGGUCGUAAGAAGGAAACGAGAAACAAUGGACUUAGAUCAAAA